AUGGCCCCUCGGAAAUCUUUAUUUGUUCUGGAGUCGCUUCCGGAGUUGAUCCCACCCAUAUUUGAUCAAGCCCAACAUUCAAUGGCAAACCACCGCAAGAAUUGCGUUGCAUUGCACAAACUUCAGGUGCAAGCAGCCGCGGUAAUGGAACCUAUUAAACAACGAGCUGCGGUAAAUCUCACCGGCGAGAAGAAAUUCGGCGAUGUCUUCAUCGACAUGGUCAGUCGAGUCCUUGUGGUGAAGAAAGGCCCAGCGCCAGCGGAGCGUGUUUUUCGCUUUAUUAGCUCAUAUAUCAAGUUCUUGAUUGAGAAAUGUUCUCAGCCAAAGGAGGGACGUCGUGUCGGAUCAUCAUCUAAUUCAGAUGACGACGAUACUCUGGCGGUGCGCUUUGUUUCGCGUCUCCUUAGGUGGCUCCUCCAAGGUUUCGUGGCAAAGGACAAGACAGUGCGUCUCCGGAGUGUAAGUCUUGUCGCCGAACUAGUGGUACAUCUCGGAGAACUUGAUGAAGAUAUGUAUGCCUCCCUCAGAGAGAACCUGAUCGAACGUGUACGAGACAGAGAGUCCUCUAUCCGUGCGCUAGCUAUCGUCGGUCUUUCGAAACUACUUGGCGGCGAAGAUCCAAAUGAUCUCCCAGAGGACGAGCCGAGCAUCCUCGAUGUGUUGCUCGAUAGUCUCUGUUAUGACACCGUACCUGAAGUGCGCCGUGCAGCGCUUUUGCAUAUACCGCUGAUGCCGCAGACCUUACCUACGUUACUAUCUCGCACGCGCGACACGGACCCAGGCCUCCGCAAGCUCUUAUAUUCUACAGUUCUUUUUCCCACAGACCCACGAACAUCAAAAGGGAAAAGUACACAUGAAGACGAGCUGAAGCUAACGCAUCCGCGACAGCUGACGCUUGCUCAGCGCGAACAAGCAGUACGAGAUGGGUUGUGCGACAGAGAAGACGCGGUGCGGCUUGUAGCAGGGAGGAUGGUAGGGAGCUGGUUUGAUAUCAUGCGCGAUGGCGUAGAGGGCGCAUCCGUUUUCGAGGGCUUGAUCCAGUUUAUCAAGCUAUUUGAUGUCGCAGGACCGGAAGGUGCGGACGUCGCGGUUGACGCGCUGAAAUCGCUCUGUGUAACCAGGGUCGAUAUCCUCGACGGAGUGGAAUUUAGCGAUGAAUUCUGGAAGAACCUCGCUCCCGAAUCUGCUCUCGUCGCUCGUGUUUUUAUCACGUACUGCCUCGAUCACGAUGCAGAGAAAUAUUUAGAGAACACCGGCUUACCUGUGGUCACUGCGCUUGCUUUCUACUUACAGGAAGCAUGCAAUGAGCUACUGGAUGCGAUCGAGGAAUUGACAGAGGCGCGUAUGGCGGCAGAGUCGGAAGGUGCCGAUGGAACAGAAGACGAAGACGAAGACCUGGAUAGGAAAGAGGAUGCGGUCCUGGAGUGCGGAUUCGUUGUGGGUGAGAUGCUGCGCUUGGCAGCGCGAAGUGACUUCACCGACGAGAUCGGACGGCGCAAGGUUUUUGCUGUUGUCCGCGAGAUGCUUACGCACGAGCUCCUGCCGGAAAACUUGAUGGAACCCUGUCUCGACGUGCUCAAGGAGACGACUGCUGGCGAGAGAGAGCUCAUCCGAAUCGUUGUGGAAAUGGUCCAUGAGCUCCGAGAUGGCAUUGGCGGGGAGGAUAAUGUGCUCGAUCAAAUUUCUCGGUCAAAUAGCAACGCAUCCUUCGACACUACGCAGAGCAGUAUCAGAAGUCGUUCAAAGAAGCGGUCGAAAGAAGCUCAAGAGAUGACAUCAGAAGAGCGUGCCAAGGCAGAUGCAAUGGAUAUGCGAUGCCUUGCCCUCUGCAUCGCCAUGCUGAGUCGCGUAAACGGUAGCUUUGAUGAGAACUCGACGCUAGAGGGUGUACUUGCUGACCUAAUAAUUCCUGCCGUGAGGAGGAAAGAGCUAGCUCUCCGAGAACGCGGGUUAGUCAGUCUUGGCCUGUGCUGCCUGAUCGCGAAGAACAUGGCCAUGAGCUCCUUCCAACUCUUUCUCAAUCAGGUGCAGAGUGCACCGGAAGAAUUGAAGGUCAAAGUCUUGCAGGUUAUAUUUGAUGUGUUGAUGGUGUACGAAGAGGAGUUUCUUCGUCGUUCGGGAGACGUUGCGGAGAAGAUCGUCACGUUCCUGUUGCAAACGCUCGAAGUGGAAGAAUCCGAGACUGUGCAGGCGAUCUUGUGUAUCGGCAUAUCCAAACUAGUGCUCUGCGGCUUGGUGAUUGAUGAAAGAGUCCUCGCCAGUCUCGUGUUGGCUUAUGUGUCACCUGUGACCGCACAAAAUCAACAGUUGCGUCAAUGCCUGGCGUAUUGUUUACCCGCCUACUGUUAUUCUUCGGCCACAAACCAGAGUCGAAUGCAAUCUGUUGCGAUGGUGGCAUACGAUCUGGUAGUCCGUGUACAUCAAGAACUUGGUGAAGAUGAAGAGAUGAUCACGCCGUACCAAUUCGGGCUUCUGCUUAUCGACUGGACGAACCCGCAAAAGUCGGUAAAUGUAGAGGCGGCCAGCACUGGAGUGACAGACGUGCACGUUGAUCUUGCGAUCGACAUCGUGAAGGCGCUGCACGAUGAGAAACGACUGACGGAAGACAAGAAGGUCUUAUGCCAGCUGCUUGGGAAACUAUACUUCCCUGACAACCCGAACCCACUUUCAUUACUCAUUUUGAAUACUCUCGUCGCCAACCUGGAAGAGCAAAACCUACUCGAGGACCCUGCCCUGGAGAAGAUGAUUGAUCGGUUUAGAAGCCGGUUCACGAAGCUAUUCUCGAAGCAGCUCGAAAAGCUUGACGAGCGAUUAUACUUCAAGGAACCGCGUUUCCGGGAGAUGUGCAAGGAUGUCGGGAUAGAUAUUGAAGCCGACAGUGCGAGCGAGGAUGAAGGCAGAGAUGUCCAGGAAGACUUGGUUGCGAACGGGCCGAGCAGUCCAGAAAGGACUGCGGAAGAUGCCAAAGACAGUUUAUCGUACGUGACGGUAAACCGAGAAGCAUCCAGCUCUCCCGCUUCAACGGCGCCAACACGCAAAGGGAAGGAGAAAGCAGGAUCGGUCCGCACCGCUCGUGACCAGAAUCGAGCAGUCAUCCAACCAAGCUCUGAGGAUGAAGAGGAGCAGAAAGAGAACACCGCGAUACCGGAACCAGCCUUUGCUACGCCCAAGAAGCCGCGGGCGACCAAGAGAACCAGGAGUCCGGGCCAGCCGGCGUUCGCCUCGCCCGUACACAAGAGGAUUAGCCAUAGGCAGACUCCCAAGAAAUUGGCGGUUGAUGUGGGCGAUCCGUUUGACGAUGCCACAAACUCCCGGAAGAACGCAUCAGGAAACAAGAAAGACAUAAAGGCGCGCGGAAAGGUGCGGCCUCACUCGCCGCCCGGUGAUUCGAGCGAAGAUGAUGGCAACGAGAUAGAUGAUGCCGAAGGUUCAACGUUCAACUCUCGGUGCUCAUAG